GCUGUCAACCCGGAAAGAGGCUGCGCUCACUUCUAUCAUGCGCCAGCGCACAGGGUUCUGCUCUCCGCGCUGCGCUUUCAUCUGUUUUCGCGGAUAAAUGUGAGCAGUUCUUGUGUCCUGAGGCGCACCGACUAUUUAUCACACAGGAGAACGCGGAUCUGGGACAUGCCUUACCUGGACAGACAAAAUCGGACCUGUGGCUUCCUGGAUAUCGAGGAAAAUGAAAACAGUGACAAGUUUUACCGCCGUUAUUUUAUCUUGGAUACUGAUAAGAAUUUUCUGCUAUGGUACAUGGACAAUCCACAGAACUUACCUGUAGGAACAGACUGUGUUGGAAGUUUGCGACUCAGUUACAUUUCAAAGGUUAAUGAAACAUCAGUUAAGCAGAAACCGAAGGCAGAGUUCUGCUUUGUAAUACAUGCGUUGUCUAGACGGUACUUCCUGAAGGCAAAUGAUCCUGUUGACUUGAAGGAAUGGGUCACUGCCUUGAAUAAUGCUACCAAAAUUACAGUUCCAAAAGUAUCACCAGUGGCUCAAACCUCUGAUGUUACAAAUGUUUCAAACCCAAGUCAGUCAACAUCCCAUCUGGCUUACAAAACAGAAAUUGUCGGAGGUGUGGUUGUGCACACACCGGUCCAGCAGAGCGAUACUGAGGAUGUCUUUGUGAGUGAACCGGCGUCACAUCUCACUUUAAGGAGAUGCCAGAGCGUGCGUCCCAACGUCGUGAGGGCUGGCUACUGUGUCAAACAAGGCAACGUGAGGAAGAGUUGGAAGAGGAGGUUUUUCAUUUUAGAUGACCAAACUGUGAGCUACUAUAAAACUGAAACGGAUAAGGAUCCAUUGCGCAGUAUUCGACUGAGAGAUGUGCUAAAAGUUAACGAAUGCCUUGUAAAAUCAGGGGAUUUGCUGUCCCGUGAUAACCUCUUUGAAAUAAUCACAAGUACUCGAACCUUCUAUAUCCAGACAGACACCCCAGAAAAUAUGAAAGGCUGGAUCAAGGAUAUUGCCUCAAAAAUUCAAGACUUUAGAGGACCAUCUAAGUAUCGUGGUUCAAGAAAAGUAAUUUCUGCGCCAGGGAAACCUCAGCUUGUCAAGUCUUGUUCCAUGGCAGAUUCGUGGCAACCCUGGACCCCUGUUCCCAAUCAGGAGAAGCGUUUGAAGGAAGAAGGCCAAAGAGAGGGUCCAUACAGCUCUCUCCCCUCCCUCGCACACCCCAGCAACAUCUCUCAGUCACAAAUUCGUCAACGGCACCAUUCGCAGCCUCAGUUCGCUCCCAUUGAUACAGACUUUCCCGAGUGCUUCGACAAUCUCCGCACCACUGAUGUUUAGUUGCUUUAACGGAUACUGCUGGCCAGCACACGGAUAGUGUUAUGAUUUUAUAACUUUGUUUUUGCUUUUUCUUGUUUAAUGGCGCAUACCCAAUGUUGCAGCAAGACUGCAAAUAAUUAAAGCUGUGCAAACAUGUAUGUGCUCAUUGCAAUGCUGUUCACCCACCUUAAAGGUAUGUCUCUUUUUAGGAAUGUAAAAUCAGGAAGGAUCAGCUGGUGAAUGUUUCUUUAGUUAGAUUUCAGCAAAAUGUCUGUAUUUUUACCAAUCCAAAAGUCUGAGAUCAUGAAAAUGCUUCUAUUUUAACAUUGUUCUAAUUUAAUCCAAAUGUCUUUAGUAACAUUUUACAAUAAGGUUAAAAUUAGCAGUAGUUAGCAUGAACUAACAAUUAAGCAACACUUUUGCCGCAUUUGUUAAUGUUGGAUAAUAUCGUCUUGUUCAUGAUACAUAAUGCAUUAACUAAUAUGAACACAUAUCUUUAUUGAAAAGUGUUGCCCACUUUUCCUUACAAUUUAUAUUAUUAGCAUAACAAAUUUAGUAAAAAGUUUAAUUGAAAAAUUAACAUGAAUGUCAGCAUUUUGUAUAAGCUGAAGAGCAUCAGAGCAUCUUGUGCGCUUCAGUGGAUGUAAGGAAAUUAGACCUUUUGAACAAACGAGUUAACACGGACAAUGUGACAAAUUUGCUUACAUUUGAUUAGUGACCUAGAAAUACAGCAGAAUCCUGAAUACUAUUUAUUGAUUUUACACAAUACAUUUUUUUUUUUUUUAAUCUGUCAACACUAUUACACUUUUCAAUAUUACAAUUAUUAUAUUUUUAAAUAUUCCCAAAUUUUCAAUGUGUUCUCAGACUUUUGGAUCCCAAUAUACAAUUGGUACAUCUGGUAGAAUUCAGUCAAGGCACUGGGCUUGAUUUUAUAUUAUUUUGAAGAUAUUUUGGCCUCAACAUCACUAAUGAAUUCACUUGAAGGAUUGUGGAAGUGCAGUGAUCUUUCCUGAUUAGGCUACCAGGCAUUCUUUGACCAGGAUGUCUGAAAAUAUAGUCCAUAUUUUCACAAUGAUUUCUUUAAAAUGACUGAAACCUUCAUAUAAUGCUUUUAUUUUGAUUUUGUUGUGAAUGGUACUAAAUGUUAAAGAAGUCUGUAAUGUUGAUUAGGCUACUCAUAAGUAUGCGUAUUUGCUAGAUAUGCAUCCUUGCUUUGCAUACGAAAUAAACCAGUCUGU